AGUCGUUGGCUCAAGCUCAGUCGUGCGGCCGCGCAGUUUCUGCACGCCGGACGUACCCACGCAUCCUCCCAGGCAUGGCGACGGCGGCGAGGCUCGCGCGGGCCGUCCUGGGCGCCGCGGCGGCCGCUGCGGUAGCCGGCGCCCCAGUGGAGGACGCGGCCUUGACGGCCCAAUUCGAGGAGUGCCUGCGGGAGCACGGCAAGAAGUACGUCGGGGCGGAGUGGCGGGAGCGCCUGGCGAACUUCCGCGAGAGCGUGCGGGCCAUCGGGGAGCACGCCACCAGGCCGAGCUCGCACAGGCUGCACCUCAACCACCUGGCCGACCUGAGCGCGUCCGAGUUCUCGCGGCAGCUGCUCGGCCUGCGGCCGGGGGCGGGGCGGAGCCGGGCGCCGGGGCGGCAGCCGGGCAGCCUGGGGACCCACCGGGCAGGGGUUGUGCCCGGCCUCUUGGGCAGCGGCGGCGGUCUGCCGGCCAGCCUGGAUUGGCGGUCGAGGGGCAAGGUGAACCCCCCGAGGCAGCAAGGCGGCUGCGGUGCGUGCUGGACCUUCGCGUCUGCGAGCGCGCUGGCCAGCGCGUGGGGGAUCGCCUCGGAGCAGAUGGUGAACGUCAGCGAGCAGCAGCUGCUGGACUGCGCCGGGGAGGAGUUCGGCAACACGGGGUGCGGCGGCGGCGCGUUCGACGGGACCUACGAGUACGCCCACCUGGUGCCGCUCUGCACCGCCGAGAGCUACCCGUACCGCUCCUGGCCGUUCGAGUGCGGCCCCCGCAUUUGCGAGGUGGGCAUCCCCCAGGGAGCCGUGCUGGGAUACAUGGACGUGGAGGCGAGCUCAGAGGCGGCGUUGAUGGACGCGGUGGCCAAGCAGCCAGUGACGGUCGGAAUACAGGUCGAGACGACGGGGGGGUUGGGGCUCUACCAAAGCGGCAUCUUCUCCGCAUCCUGCACUUCGGAGGUCAACCACGCGGUGGUGGUGGUGGGCUGGGGCAGCGAGAACGGUCAGGACUAUUGGCUCAUCCAGAACUCUUGGGGCCUUCACUGGGGCGAAGGCGGCUACUUCCGGCUGGCUCGCGGGCCUGGCCCAGCUGGCCUCGGCGAGUGUGGCAUUCUAGUCAUGCCUAGCUACCCUGUGGUGGAGGUGCCAGUGGCGACCACCACGGCCAGCGAGACGUUGGACACGACGUCCGAACCUGUGCUCGCCGACACGACCCAGGGGUUCCUGAUCUGACCGCGCACGGUGGUUCCUCUCACUAUGCCCUGUGCCGACAAGACGACCCAUCUUCAGCGUCGGCAUCGUCCAGAGCCCGCGUCAAGGCACAUCGAGCGGAGUGGGUGCGUGGCGGCAGGCUGCCACCCGCAUCUGCCAAUCUGACGGUGUGGUGAUCCGACGGACAGUCGCCGUUUCGCGAUGUGUCUCUGCACGCUGCAGCGCUGAGUGUGACCCGCAUGAAUUCACUCCUGGCCCAUAUGUGUUACGUUACAGUACAGUUCGCAAUCGUUGCAUAUUUGCCAGGCAUGUUGUCGCGCUUACAGCUGGUAUAUGGCCAUUGGCAGAUUGCAUGUGAAAUAGCAGGCGCACAAGCUGCCUGCGAGACCUGUCGUGUAAUGAGCCCUCUUACAAGAAUCCGCCAUUAUUUGUGCAGGCCGUCGAAAGGCCAUGAUGAGUGUGAAACAAAGGCAACAAGUUUGAGUCGCAGAACACAGAUCAGCUUUCCCCGGCUGGAGCGUCUUGCCGUCGUCCGCCUUCGUAUGCUUUGCUUUGAUUGGCUUCGCUUCAGAGUUUGCUGCCUUGGCCUGCUUUGCUCUGAGG